UUCUCUAACUUCCAUCUCUCUCGUCCUACAAAGAUAUUUUGUUCUUCAUUCUCUGAUAUUUAUCAGCUGAAUAUCUUUUAAUUUCCGAUGAUGUGAAACUGAAUUGAGAGAGAAAGAGAGAGAGAGAGAAAUAGAGAUCGUUGAAGACGGCGCAGGGGUGAUCGGAGACGGAGGAGCGAUUUUCGAAUAUGGCGUGCGAAGGUGGAGGAGGAUCCAACGUCAGAUCUAGCUACUACAACGUUCUCGGAAUUCGCAAAGACGCCUCCGUUUCCGACAUCCGUACUGCUUACCGUAAGCUCGCCAUGAAAUGGCAUCCGGAUAGAUACGCAAGGAAUCCUGGUGUCGCCGGAGAAGCUAAACGACGGUUUCAGCAAAUCCAAGAGGCCUAUGCUGUUUUACACGACGUGAAUAAGCGCUCAAUGUACGACGCUGGGUUAUAUGAUCCACAUGAUGAUGACGAUGAAGACUUCCGUGAUUUCAUGCAAGAGAUGAUCUCAAUGAUGAACAAUGUCAAAGACGAGGGAGACAGCUUAGAGGACUUGCAACGGAUGUUUACGGAUAUGGUUGGUGGAGAUGGUGUAAGCUUUGACUGUAACAGCAAUCCAAGGGGUAGCAAAAGAUCACGUGUCAACAUCUCAAGGAAUAGUGUUGCGAUGCGUUAAUAAUACGUUGUUUCUCAUUUGUUUUCGUGUCGUCUUGUGUUGUGCUGUGUUGUAUCAAGCUUAAGCCUCGAAUUGAAAUUCUAUUUUCUAUUCCCAAGGAAGGCUAUAAAAUAAUUUUUU